UGUGGUCAAACUCAGACUUCUCAGAAUUUCCUGCUGGUGGUUUUAGUUAAGGAUGGUCACAGCUUUAUAGAAGGUCGUUAUUGCCAAGACCAGCCUUUUUCCAGGAGAUCUCACUUAAUUCACGAGACAACACAACAUUGGGAAUAAACAACAGAUACAACUUAGGCUUGUUGCAUGUUCUCGUUUCAAAACCCAGAGGACUACACACUGUCAGUCAUGCCUUUGCGACCGAGAGCUUCUUCUCAACCUGGACGAGCCACCACCCUUCCAAGCUCCAAAGUCACCCCGGUCGUGCGUCAGAGGGCUCUGUCUUCUUACUCCAAGUCGGCUUUAGAGGAUGAGCUCUCUUGUCCGGUGUGCUGUGAGAUCUUCUCCGACCCCGUGGUCCUGAAGUGCAGCCACAGCUUCUGUCGUCUCUGCCUUCAGCGAUUCUGGAACAAGAAGUCAGUCAAGCGGGAAUGUCCGGUUUGCAGGAGGAAGUGUUCUCUGACCGAACCCACGGUGAGUCUGGCUUUGAAGAACGUUUGCGAUGCCAUCUUAAAGCAGCAGACCGUGCCCGCAGGUGCCCAGUCUGACUCGGUCAAUGGUACAUCCAAACCGGAGGCUCUUUGUGCUUCUCACGGGGAGGGACUCAAACUCUUCUGUCAGUAUGAUGAAGAGGUCCUCUGCUGCGUUUGUCAAACCUCAAAGAAACAUCAAGGUCACAGCGUGUGUCCUUUGGAAGAGGCGGCGAAUGAUCUCAAGGAGGAAAUGCGACAGAUCGUCACCCCUCUCAAGAAAAAUCUUCGACGCCUCUAUGAAGCCAAACAGGAAUGUGAUGACGCUACUGUCCACAUCAAGAACCAAAGGCAACAGACGGAGAAACAGAUUCAUGAGGAGUUUGAGGAGCUCCGGCAGUUUCUUCUCGAAGAGGAGGCCGCGCGAAUCGCUCUUCUGGCUGAAGAAGAAGAAGCAAAGAAACAGACCAUGAAGAAGAAAACAGAUAGCAUCACUCGUGAUAUAUUCACGUUUUCUCAAACGGUCGCGGCCAUUGAAAACGAGAUCGCUAGUGAAAACAGCGUCUUCCUGCAGACCUACAAGAAUGUCAAGAAGAGAGCUCAGUUGACGUUUCACGAACCAGAAAUUGUUGAGGAAUCUCUGAUCGACGUGGCAGAGCACAUCAGCUCUCUGAAGUUCAAAGUGUGGGAGAAAAUGCAGAGCUUGGGGGAACACACUCUAGUGACGUUGGACCCCAACACGGCGUACCCCUGUUUGUCUCUCAGCAAGACCUUAACAAGCGUCUCUAACACAGGGACUAUGCUACAGCUGCCUGACAAUCCCGAGCGCUUCGACCACUUUGUGUUCGUGCUGGGAUCCAAGAGUUUCAACUCAGGAUGUCAUUCCUGGGAGGUGGACGUGAGUCAGAACAAUGACUGGGUCAUAGGUGUGGUCAAGUCAUCCAUAGCCAGGAAGGGCAAAAUCGGCGGCUGUCCAGAAGGAGGAUUCUGGACAGUCGCGCUGUCAGAUGGGAAGUACGUGGCCAUGACUGCCCCACACACGGCCCUCACGGUGAAGGGACACCUGGAGCGGGUUCGAGUCAAGAUCGACUACAAUGCUGGAGAGGUCAGCUUCUUCGACUCGGUGGGCAUGACGCUCAUAUACACAUUUAAGGACCAUUUCACUGAGAAGAUGUUUCCUUUUUUCUGCCCGGGGGCAAAUAUCAACGGCAACAAUCCUGGCCCGCUGAAGAUCUGCCCUGUGAGAGUGGCAGUGUGGAACAGCGCCACCUGGUGACAGUUAUGUGCAAGCUACUUGGUGUAUUUUUACUUCAGUCAACCAGUCUACGCAUUCUUUAUUAUUACUAUAUAACUUUGCUAUAUCACAUAUGUAAGUAUUGUAAUUAUGUAGUUGACAACGAGUUUUGUUUCUUCAUUUUCUAUUUAAGCUUUCUCAAAGUAGUCUUCAUUAGCAUGGAUUACAGCUGUGAACACACCUGUCCUUCUCUCAUCUAACAUCAUGGGAUCUUGAGAUGCUUUUUUAAACAUUACUGAAGAAGCUUUCAGGAAUUUCUUCACUAUUCAGCCCAGCUCAUCCAUUUUAGAAAAUCAGUCCUGUUAAACGGGUCAUGAGAAACCAAUAUGUUAGAAAAUGUCUAAUCGGAAUCGUAAGAACGUAGUGAAGUAGUGAAUCAUACAGAGCACAAACGUGUUCUGCCCUCCGAAAGAAAAACACAAUAGUGCUGUAUAGUUUGUUCAGUGUUUUAUUCUACAGAAGACUUGAAGAACGUUGGUAACCAAACAACAUUGUCCCCCAUUGACUUCCAUUGUAUGGACACAAAACCACAAAAUAUCUUCUUUUGCGUUUGAACUUUUACAUAUAACUGUAUGGGUGAAAAUAGGUGAAGUAGUGACCUUCCAGAUGUGCGAGUCUUC